AAACAAUUCCAGAAAAACAUGCUUCCAGGGGAGCUGGGUUCGCGAGGAGCCUGGGUUCGCACCUCGCAAACCCACGAGUUGGAUUCGCGAGGAACCCAGGCUCCUGGGUGUGCGAACCCAGCUCGUGGGUUUGCACCUCGCGAACCCAAGAGCUGGGUUCACGAGGAACCCAGGCUCCUGGGUGCGAACCCAGGAGUUGGGUUCGCGAGGAGCCUGGGUUCGCACCUCGCGAACCCACGAGUUGGGUUCGCGAGGAACCCAGGCUCCUGGGUGUGCGAACCCAGCUCCUGGGUUCACACCCAAAAGCCUGGGUUCACACCCAGGAGCCUGGGUUCGCACCUCGCAAACCCAAGAGCUGGGUUCGCGAGGAGCCUGGGUUCGCAACUCGCGAACCCACGAGCAGGGUUCGCAAGGAACCCAGGCUCCUGGGUGCGAACCCAGCUCAUGGGUUCGCACCCAGGAGCCUUUUUCUCCUUCAUAUUAACACUGGUUUUGCGAACCCAAGCUCCUGGGAUUGCCUGGAGGAUAGAGUGUAGUCCCGCCGGUGGAGAGUCCAAAAUGGCGGUGCCUGAUGGAGAGGAGUGUCCCAAAGCAGCCAAAAAGUCAGCUGCAGAGUUUACUUGCCUUUACAUAAUAAUCCUGAUAUCGCUGAUCUUAUCAACAAACAAUUUCCCAAAAAACAUGCUGCCGGUGAACCAACGCUUCAGCGUUUUAUUAUCUUCCAUCUUCAUCCUUUUGAACUUGUUUCUUUUGCACUGCUAUGCUGCAAUUUAUAAUAUUACUUCAUCCAAUCCAUUAUCACAAAAUGAAAUCCUUAUCUCCCCUGCCCAAGUUUUUGAGUUAGGCUUCUUUCGUCCUGAUAGUUCCACUAAUCAGUAUGUUGGUAUAUGGUAUAAAAAUAUUGCUCCUCGCACAGUUGUUUGGGUGACCAACAAAGAGAAACCAGUUAUUGAUUCAACGGCAAGUCUAAAGAUUGGUAGUGACGGAAAUCUGAAGCUUGUAGAUGGGAAUGAAGUAACUCUCUGGUCAACCAAUGUUUCUGUCCGAUCAAAUAGUUCAGUGGCUGUCCUUUUGGAUAAUGGGAACUUUGUUCUACGUGAUGGUUCAUCUGAACAGGAGUUAUGGCAAAGCUUUGAGCACCCAGGUAAUACUUUAUUACCCGGUGCAGGUCUCGGAUAUGAUCUUGAAACAGGUGAGAGACGUGUCUUGUCAUCUUGGAAAAGCGAUAGUGAUCCAUCACCUGGGGAUUUUGUUGUUGAAAUUGUACCGCGGUCACCACCACAAACUUUUACUUGGAAUGGAUCAGUGCCUUACUGGAGAAGCGGGGAGUGGAAUAAACAACAGUUUAUUGGUUACCCAGCUAUGGAUUCAACAUAUUCAAGCUUAUAUAGCCUUGUACAGAAUAAUGAACAACGAACUGGGUAUUUCUAUAUAAAUAGUAACACCUCGGACAGAGUUCUGGUCAUUUCAUCCGACGGAUCUCUAAAGAUGAUGUUUUGGGGGAAAGACACAGGCUGGUAUUCAAUAUGGAAAGGACCAAAUAAUACAUGUGAGGUCUAUGGAACUUGUGGACCUUUUGGGGUUUGUAAAAUAUCUGAAUUUCCUAUUUGUAGAUGUCUCAAAGGAUUUGUACCAAAGUCAGAUGAGGAAUGGAACAAAAAUAACUGGACAGGAGGGUGCAUUAGACGAACUGAAUUAAGUAGUUGUGUGGCAUGGACUGGUGAGAAAACAGCACAAGAAGCAGAAACAGAUAAGUUUUGGAAAAUGAGUGGAAUGAAGCUCCCAGAUAAUUCCAAGUAUCAAGAAGUUAAUGAUGUGAACGACUGUGGACAGCAGUGCUUGAAUAACUGUUCUUGCAAGGCUUAUGCAUAUGUAAAGGGCAUAGGCUGUCUGUUCUGGACUGAUGACCUUAUGGAUAUGCAAGAGUUCUCCAGUGAUGGGGAAGAGCUUUUCAUUCGUCUUGCAUCCUCAGAACUAGUGUUUUCAGCUCAUGGGAAGCUAAGAGUAGAUCUCAUUAUCAGCCUCACAACUGUUUCUUGUAUCAUCAUCUUGGGUGCCUUAGUCUAUGGUUUAUGCUGGCAGAGAACAAAAAAAAUUGGUAAAAAAAACAGAACCUCGGAAAACUUUGAUCCAGAUGCUAGAAGGUAUAGUCCUCGGGACACUUCGCUGGAAUCUCCUUUGAGAAGCGUUGUAAACAGAGGAGAGCCACAGGAGCUACCUUUGUUUGAUUUUGAAAGCAUAGUCAGCAACAUUCUCUUAGAUGAAAAAAUGAACCCAAAAAUUUCAGAUUUUGGAUUGGCAAGGAUCUUUGAAGGGACGCAAUAUUUGGCAAAGACUCACAAGGUGGUUGGAACACUGAUUGAAGGAGGGCAAAUCAGAAUAAGAUCUAGGGCAGCAUUGAUCUUUGUUUCGAUGAGGAAAAAGAGGAAAAGGAGUAAAGCUAAUGCGUCUCUUGAGGUGUCAACCAAUUUUGCAGCAUCCCAUGAAUCGAGAUUGUCUAAUCUUAGAUCUCAUUACUCUCUAGAAGACUAUGCAAGGAUAAAAAAGAGGUGCAAAGAAGAUGUGAUUACCCAACCUAUUGGUUCUUGUAAGAGUAGACUUGCAGGCAUUGUUACUGCUCCCCCUUGUGGUGCCUCAUCUUUGGUCCCACCAGGGAGAGGUCUGAAGAGGAAGAUAGGGUGCAUAGAUGAAAUUAUCCGAACAGGUAGAUGCAAAGAUCUUCCAAGUACCAUUGGCUUGAAAUUUGUUAAAAGGAACAUGCCUACAGAGAACCAACACUUUUGCAUUUUAUUAUCUUCCGUCUCCAUCUUUUUGAACUUGUUUCUUUUGCACUGCUAUGCUGCAACUUAUAAUAUAACUUCAUCCAAUCCAUUAUCACAAAAUGAAAUCCUUAUCUCCCCUGCCCAAGUUUUUGAGUUAAGCUUCUUUCAUCCUGAUAAUUCCACUAAUCAGUAUGUUGGUAUAUCAUAUAAAAACAUUUCUCCUCGCACAUUUGUUUGGGUGGCCAACAGAGAGAAUCCGAUUGUUGAUUCAUUGGCAAGUCUAAAAAUUGGUCGUGAUGGAAAUCUGAAGCUUGUAGAUGGGAAUGAAGUAACUCUCUGGUCAAACAAUGUUUCUGACAGAUCAAAUAGUUCAGUGGCUGUCCUUUUGGAUAAUGGGAACUUCGUUCUACAGGGUGUUUUAUCUGGACAGCGGUUAUGGCAAAGCUUUGAGCACCAAGUUAAUACUUUUUUACCUGGUGCAGUUAUUGGGUAUGAUCUUGAAACAGGUGAGAGGCAUGUCUUGUCAUCCUGUAAAAGUAAUAGUGAUCAAUCACAUGGGGAUUUUGUCACUUAAAUUGUAACGCGGUCACCAACACAAGCUUUUAUUUGGAAUGGAUCAGUGCCUUAUUGGAGAAGCAGGGAGUGGAAUAAACUACAGUUUAUUGGUCUACCAGGUAUGGAUUCAACAUAUUCAAGAGCAGUUAGCCUUGUAUUGAAUAAUGAUCAAGAAAGUGGGUAUUUCUAUAUAAGUCUUAACACCACAGACAGAGUUACAGUCAUUUUAUCCAAAGGAACUCUAAAGAUAAUGUGUUGGGGGAAAGACAUAGGCUGGUAUUCAACAUGGAAAAGACCAAAUAAUGCAUGUGAUGUCAAUGGAACUUGUGGACCUUUUGGGAUCUGUAAAAUAUCUGAAUUUCCUAUUUGUAACGGCCUUGAAGGAUUUGUACCAAAGUCAGAUGAGGAAUGGAACAAAAAUAAUUGGACAGGAGGGUGUAUUAGAUGAACUGAACUAAGUUUUUUGGCAAGGACAAGUCUAGAAGCAUCACAGGGUGAAGAAACAGAUAAGUUUUGGAAAAUGAAUACAGUCAAGCUACCAGAUAAGUCCAAGUAUGAAGAAGUUAAAGAUGUGAACGAAUGUGGAUAGUGGUGCUUGAAUAACUGUUCUUGCAAGGCUUAUGCAUAUGUAAUGGGCAUAGGGUGUCUGCUGUGGAGUGAAUACCUUAUAGAUAUGCAAGAGUUCUCCAGUGGUGGGAAAGAUCUUUUCAUUUGUCUUGUGUCAUCAGAAUUAGGUGACAAUAUAAUUGACUUAAGCAA